UGCGCGCAGUCGGUUCUCGGCGGCCUCUCUCCUACCAUCGUUGCGCACCUGCAAGGUACCGCCAGACGGAGCAUAGGUUAUGUCGCUGUGUUUAUACUCGUCGUGAUCCCCGUGAGAGAGAGAUCGAAUUCGGACAUCCCACCUCCGCGCCCCACAUCUCUCCGCGCGCGCACGACCCAUCAUCGCGGCAGGCUUCUCGUGGGGGAUCGCUUGAGUGAAAUAUGAGAAGGAUACACGCGACGGGACAUCGACUGGGACAUCGGCUGGAAAAUCAGCAGCCGUGCUACUGCGUCGCGUCCGCGAGCUAAUUCGGUUCGAACGGCCCAAGGACACAGCUGUGUUAUGAGUGUUGGUUUAUCCAUGUAUGAUGGCUUGGAGAACGAAAGUCCUCCUGAAAAUGGUCUGGAAAAUGCUGCGAGUGGCACAAAAAAACUGGCUAGGGGUAUCUCUCGUGCAACAGAAAAUGCAGCGAUUGUCUCCUAUGCCCGUUCACAAUUGGCAGCCCUAGGAGCACCUGACACCCCAGAAUUCACAUUUUCAUUGCCAGACUUGUCUGUGUAUCCAGAUUCGUUCCGUAAAUUCUUGGAGAAGGAUCUUAUAGAGAAUGGAUGCCUGAACUCACUGGAAGCUGCAGGUCGCUUAAACUGGUGGUACAAAAGUGGAAGUACUAGAGUUCUUUGGCCGUUAGCAACAUCUGGAGAUGGCAAUUGUUUACUUCAUGCUGCAUCAUUGGGGAUGUGGGGCUUUCACGAUAGAUUACUUACUCUGCGAGAGGCAUUGCAUAAUACUUUAACCAAAGGAGAAUACAGACAUGCGCUUUUCAGACGAUGGAAAUGGAGACAAACUGGUUUAAACGCAGCGGCUGGAUUAUCGUACACGGAGGCGGAAUGGUUAUCGGAAUGGCAAAGUAUAGUAGAUAUGGCUUCUCCUGCAAUCAGAAAUCAGACUGCUACCUCUUACCAGAGCCUUGAAGAAAUACACGUUUUAACCUUGGCUCAUAUCUUAAAAAGGCCUAUAAUAGUUAUAGCAGAAACAAUGCUGAAAGAUGCAGAUGGAGUAGCCUUAGCGCCGAUUCCAUUCGGUGGAGUGUAUUUACCUUUAGAAGUGUCGCCUUCGCGUUGUCACAGAACACCCUUAUUCUUGGCAUAUCAUUCUGCUCAUUUCUCCCCUCUUGUAACUGUAGACGGAUGCAAUGAUUACGGUAGUGCUUGCGGCGAAGGAGUUAGUAUACCAUUAGUGGAUCCAGACACAAGCAAACUGCUGUCGAUUUUAUUUGCCGUGGAUCCUGGUCCUGAUUGGGAUUGGGUCGAUGGGUCACGAGAGUUGUUAACUUGUACGCAAGAUACUAUGGAGAUUUUAUUACGACAAUAUUUAGACUGCGAGUAUCAAAGUUUCACAUCCGAAGAUAUUGAUAGACUUUCCGAUACUGAUAAUACUUUCUCAAAGACCGCGAAGCAGAUGUUAGAAGUCGCUAAACAAUUCGGUUCUAUCGGGAAAUCUGUCAGUAAAAAGCUACUGUCUAUGACAAAUAAACGGCCAAAGAGUCCUCCUUCCACGAGUGGAAUUUCCACAGAAGGCUUGUUGUGUGUGAGGAUAAAGAGUAGACGUCACGAGUAUGUGGAUCAAAUGCUUCAAAAUUAUCUUCAGUGUGCCCAUGCAAGAUAUCUACAAGAUCAUCAGAUAGAUGACACAGGUAGUGAAUUGAAUUAUGGCGCCGGAAGGUCCAAAUUUUAUGCUGCCAGUGAUCGCGGUAGUCAUGCGAGCGUUAGCAAACUGUUACCUACUAACACAAACAAAGAUCAUACACUUUAUCUUUCGAGAUCUACAUUUUAUAACGAUCAAACUCCAUCAAAUAAUACGGGGCCAGAGACUUGGAACAAUAGUGACAAUUUAGAGUUAAAAUUACUAUUUGUACAGGAUACCGCGAAGGAGUGCCGUACUGAGCACUGCCGAUUCUUUGGGUCUCCAGAAAAUGAAUAUUAUUGCUCGAAAUGCUGGGCUAAUCUACAUUAUCGUUAUUAAACAGCCGUCCAUAAUCACACAUGACAAUAAUCUCAGUUUAAUAUAUUACCGUUUAGAGUAAGAUAUUAAAUAAUUUUUAGACAUAAUACUAGCCGUAAGAUAAAGCUUUAUGAAUAUCCCACCAACAUAUCGUUGAUAACAUUACGAUGUUUUUAGUUUUGUUUCUUUUUUCAUGUUUUCUUGUAUUUAUUAACAUUUUUUUGUCCAAGAACUGCAUAUCAUAUGCACAGGGUUCAACUGACAUACGCAUUCGCAUAUAGCGCAUAUUUUAUUGUUUCAAAUUGAUAAAAAUUAUUAUUUGUGCUCGAAGUCUUUUUUUUUACAAUUUCAAUGUGCCUUCUGUGCUAAAUGUACUGAACAAAAAACCUAACCUAUAUCAUUAUAGAAACGUUUACUGACAACUACCUCUACAAUUUUUUAUUACAAUGGUCGGUAUAGUUAUCAUUCUAUAAUUUAUUUUUUAAUUCAUAAAAAAUAAUAUAAAAAUAUUGUGUUUAUAAUCUCUGUCCUGUGCAAUCGUUGUGCAUGUAAAGCUGUGUGAAGAAUAAACCAUAUUUUUAUAUAUAUCGCGUUAUUACUUGCCGUGCGGAAUAUAUGAGUAAUUAAGAAGAUACACAAAAAGUCAAAGUAUUUUGCCAUAAUAAAAUGUAUUUACACAUAUUUCUUCACAUUAGCCUAUCAUCAUGUGAAAAAGGUAGUAAUUAAUAGUAAAUGAUUAAUAUUACCUGACACAUUACCCAUACUCACUAAAUUAUCGAUAAAGCAUGUGGUAGUAUUACGCUAAUUUUAUUAAUAACUGUACGAAGAAAAAACUUUUUAUUGGUAUGUACAAAAAGAGGAGGAAAGAAUUAUGCGAUAUAUAAAUUAUUGUUUUUUUUUUUCAGUACUUUGUAUGUUUUCUAUUAUUAAAUAGCUAUAUAAGAAAAAACAUGAAAUGAGAAAAGAUUUUACAAUACGUCGAAGGAACUAGGGAAUAUUCACUUCAGCUACAAUACUACUACAAGCGCAGAGUAUAUGCUUAGCUAUUGGGAUUUUUUAAAAAUGUCCUCUUGUUUUAUUUUUUAUCAUUUAAACACUUUCAACAUCCGAUAUUGGUCUUUCAAUGAAGUGGCUCUAGUAAAGAAAUAAGUAAAAGAGUACCACCUAUAUAUUUUGUGUCUCUUUAAAAUUGAGUUUCACGUACUAUUUACAAUUUCAGUCAUACGAGCACAGAUACACUACUAAAGUCGAUUAGUUUUGUAUCCGGUAUAUCUUUCACUUAAAUAGUAAGCUUACAUUUAACCAAUUUUAUCUAAAGAAAGCUUCAUUUCCUCUUGUGUAAGAUGGUAGCAAAGAGAGAUCUUUAAGAAAAUUAUAAGCUAAACUUUUAUGGCUGUAGCGCGUAUAAGUUUCAUUAUAAGUUUUCUUCUUCUCGAGACAUUUGAUGUUCAUAAUCAAAAUUAAAAUAUAAAAGUUGUAUCCUUCUAAAAGCCAUGAUUGAGUCUAUCGUUCAGACCCGCGAAGAAAUAAAAACAUGGUUGCUAUUAACUUCGUCUUGUAAUUCAGUAAAGUAAUACGGCGAAAAUAUCGGUAUGAUUACAUCGAUAUAUGGAUGCACAUACAUAUAUAAAUAUAAUUAAUGAUAUCAAUAUGUAAUAUGGAUUCUAGUGUGUGAAAGAUGCCAAAUUUAUUACUGACAAUUUUUAACAGGUCUUCGGCAGCUUAUUUUUUCUUACACUAGAUUAAAUUCUUCCCCUGACGAUUUUUUUCUGCUUUGUGUUAUCAUAACUAAUUAUCGAAAAUCAUAAAUAAUUAUCGAAAACAACGCAAAUUUUAUGUAGAUAUUAUACUUUAGGAUCAAUUGAUGUACCCGUUUACAACUUUGAACAAGAGGCGUGAAACUAAAUGUCCUAUAUAAAAAAAAUUGAUCGUGUACUUAUAGUACUUACAUAUGAUCAUUUUUAUCGAACGUUUGUCCUUGCAAGGUAAAUCAAUUGGUCCAUUUCUAUUUAAAAGGAUCAAAGUGCCAGCCACAACACAACAAGCAAAGUGCUCCUAUCCAUAGUACUUAUAUCCAUCGUGCGCACGCGCGCCGUAUGCAUAUUGCUUAAGUUAAAGAGCUUGUAAACACGGAAUUCUCCAUAUAUAAUUUCAUAUGAUUAUUUAACAUUCCAAUCGUUCUAUUAACUCUCUGCCAGCCAAAAUUGGAUCAUUCUUUGUAGCUUUGUUAAUUUUUUUUAUGUAAUUUUUUUAUAAUGAAAUUCCGCAAAGUAUUGUAUUACAUAUUUAUAUAAUACAUACACCGUACAUUUGUGUAAUACGUAUAACAUAUAUUAAGCUUAAUAUGUGUAUGUUUAUUACAUUAUGCACACAAUAUAAAAUAAUUAAGAUUUUCUAAAUAUGCAUCAUAAAUAUUCACAAAAUAAUCCAAUUUUCGCUAACAAAUAUUUCGACAGAGUGCGAGAGUUAAAGAAUACUAUCUUUCAUAAACCACCAUUGAGCAGGUAAUCUUAUUAUUCCUUAAAAGUAAUUAUGAAAAUUAUUUUAUUUUUUUAAACAAAAAGUUACAAACUGUAGUAAUGAUGUUCAACCUGCGACUUGCCUAUAAAUUUUUUAUUUUAUAGUCAAAAAUAUAAAAUCAUAUUGAAGCAUAUAUACAUAUGUACAUAUAUAUGCACAAUGUGCUUUCGAAAUAAACGUGCAACUCAUGCAAGAGUUUGUCUAUCUAGAUAUGAAUUUGUUUACAAAACAUAAGUGGCAAUAUUGACGAUGGUUUAAGAGAGAUAUAUACGAUUUCAAUAAAAGAAUAUAUAUUUACUUGAAUUUAGUAGCACAUCUAAAAAAAAAAAAAA